AUGCACCGCCGGCAGCCGCUCCCCGCGUACAGCGGCGCGACGACGCUGCGGCACGACGACGACAAGCACGCCAAGCACCUGCACGCGCGCACGCGGAAGCUCUGGUUCGCGGCGGCGGUCGUAGGGAUUGUGGUAUUGGUUAUGGGCGCCCGCGCGCUGCUGCUGCCGUCGCUGGUCGAGGUCGAGGUCACCCGCUCGCACGAGGCCACGCGCGGGACCGGCACGACAGGCGCUGCUGACAAAAAAACGGCGGGACCGCAGUACGUGCACCCGCUCGACGACCGGAGCGCAACGCGGCGCGCCGUGGAAGCGAGCGCGGCGGCGCUGCGCCGGGAGCUCUCGCGGGCCUACGGCCAAGCCCAAAAGCGCGUCCGGGCGCGCAAGAACCGCGCCGCGCCGCCGCCGCCGCCGGCCGAGGAGCCGCGGCCCGCGCGCGCCGUCGCCGCGGCCGCGGCGCGCGGCGCCGUCGACGGCCUCGCCGCCGGCGGCGAAGUGAUCGAUGGGACGACGCGGCGCCGGGCCAUGGACGUGCUCGUGGCGCGCGUCGACGCGACGCGCGACGAGGCGGCGCGCCAGGCGGCCAUCGACGCGGGCGGCGCCGCCCGCGACGCCUACCGGGCGAACGAUUUCUGCGACGCCGUGCCCGCACCUAAAACGCCGCACACGCUCCGCGUCGCGUCGCUGAACCUCUGGCAGCCCGCGGCCGACACGUGGCCGCGGCGGCGCGCGGCGCUCGCGCGGCUGCUCCGGGACGCGGACGUCGACGUCGUCGCGCUGCAGGAGGCGCGCGGCGAGCCGCGCUGGGUCGACGAGCUGCGCGAGGCCUGCGCCGCCGAAGGUUUGGAGUUCCCCCACUCGCGCUACGUGCCGGGCACGGGCGGCGGCGCGGGCGGCGCGGCGCCACCGGGCUGGGCCGAGGAGGGCGUCGGCGUACUUUCGAAAUUUCCGCUGCCGCGCGACGACGACGCGCUCGCGCCGAUGCCGCCGGCGGCGCGGUCGUCGGACCGCAACCCGCGCACGGCGCUCGGCGUGCUCGCCGAGACGCCCUUCGGCAACUUGCGCGUCGUCGCCGCGCACCUGUCCUACGACCGGCGCCAGCAGUGCGACAGCGUCUCGACGAUAUUGCGGCCGUGGCUCGACGCGCUCUGGGGCCGCGAGGAGGCCCUGGGCCAGGUGUUGGUGGGGGACCUCAACACGUACCCCGACUACGAGUGGCCCCUGGACGCGCUGACCCUGGAACCGGAGAUCUUGAGGCUGGUCGGGGGGCCGUGCGCGGCCGACGCGCCGCUCGUCCUCGAGGGCCCGCCCUUCGUCGACGCCUGGGCCCGGACGCGGCCCCUCGAUUCUGGUGCUACUUUUCCGAAUCCGGAGACGAUGAAUUUGGACGCGGCGCGGCCCGACCGCGUCCUCGCGCGGGGCCUGGGAUUGCGACCGCGGGCCGCCGCCGUGCUGGGCUGCGAUCUGGUCGAAGGUGCCAAGGGCCACGCGCCGUCGGACCACCGGCUGCUGGUCGUGGAUUUGGAGGUCGUUGCGCCCUAAUGUUGUGUUACAAACUUGAAAAUUUAC